AUGGCCCAAUUCCUCGACAACCAGAAGGUGACGAUUUUCUCGGACAGUCAGGCCGCCAUUCAAGCGAUAGACGGGCCACACACCACGGGACAGCAGAUCAUCAGCUCGAUCAUCCAGGAAUGGGAUAAACUCCGGAGUCGGGGCGUCCAUGUAGCCAUACACUGGAUCCCGGCACAUCAAGGGAUCGAAGGCAAUGAACUAGCAGACAAGGCUGCGAAGGAAGCCACAGGAUGGAGACUCACGCGGAAUACCCGAGGACGAAACGUCCAAAUAGACACGGACUUUACAGCCCCAAGAUUGGAGGGCCUGAGACAACCCAUGUCUGCACUCAAGAGAAAGCUGAAAACACGAGCCUAUGAACAGUGGGAACGAAACUGGCACCAAGACACAAGAGGCCGCGCACUCUUCCAGAUCAUCAACACCCCGACCAAGAAAAACACAGAGAUCCACACCAAUCUAGACAAAGCGCUCUCAUCUAUAAUAACGCAAAUGAGGACGGGGCACAUAGGAUUAAGGCACUUCCUCUGUCAGAGGAAGGUCCCUGAAGUUGAGGACGGCCAGUGCCAGUGCCGGCGGGGGGAGCAGACCGUUGCACACAUCUUAUUCACCUGCCCCAGGUUUAAAGAUGAACGCAACGUGUGGCGGAACGAAGGCACAUGGCGGCGCGAGCCGCCAGAUACAUGCUGGAAACCAAGCUCCUUGGGCAAUUUAGGAGCGACGAUACGGAAAACUUAG